ACGUCAUUAAGUUGCGCCCAGUGUGCGGUUCUAGCUAACGCUAAUAGCUCAUCGAAACAUUCAGUGUUUCUUAUCACAUAUUGUUGUUUUUUUGGUGUUUAUUUUCAAGUAUAUUGUAUCAAAGCAACAGGAAUGUCUCUGGAGACUGUCCCGAAAGAUCUGCGUCAUUUGAGAGCGUGUCUGCUGUGCUCUCUUGUCAAGACCAUUGAUCAGUUCGAGUACGACGGAUGUGAUAACUGUGAAUCAUACCUGCAGAUGAAGGGCAAUCGAGAGAUGGUCUAUGAAUGCACAAGCUCUUCUUUUGAUGGAGUCAUUGCUAUGAUGAGCUCUGAGGACAGUUGGGUGGCAAAAUGGCAAAGAAUCGGUAACUUCAAGCCAGGCGUGUAUGCAGUGACUGUAACGGGUCGGUUACCUCCAGGUGUGGUGCGAGAGCUGAAGAGCAGAGGAGUCAUCUACAGAUCCAGAGACACGGCUGUUAAAACAUAAGAACAGCACUUCAUCAAUCAAACCAGCUGUUCAGUGACUGGGCUUCUCUUAUUUCAUUUAAUGUCUUAUGAUUUUCUCUUUUGAUUAACACUUUUUGGGAAUUUAGAUCGAUAAUAGUUUGAUUAUGAAUAAAUGAUUGAUGUGAUUAUUCCAUGUAAAUGAUUUAAACAUGAAUAAAAGAGCGUUUUGUUUCUGC